AGAGCGAUUGGGACACCUCAAGCUUGUUUUUCCCUCACACCUGGAAAUUGGCGGGAGGGGUGUGGGCGGGGCGUCGUCUUUAUCAGCAUCAUGGCGUUCAGCAAUUACAGCAGCCUUCAGCGUGCUCAACUGACCUUCGAGUAUCUGCACACCAACUCAACCACACAUGAAUUCUUAUUUGGGGCUCUUGCUGAGCUCGUAGAUAAUGCCAGAGAUGCUGAUGCCACAAGAAUAGAUAUCUUUCCUGUACAUCAAGAGAACUUGAGAGGUGGCUUCAUGCUGUGUUUUUUGGAUGACGGAGCAGGAAUGGACUCAAAUGAUGCUGCAAGUGUGAUUCAGUUUGGUAAAUCUGCUAAACGGUCACCAGAAUCUACUCAGAUCGGACAGUAUGGGAAUGGCUUGAAAUCGGGUUCCAUGCGUAUUGGCAAGGAUUUUAUCCUCUUCACGAAGAAGGAGAACAGUCUCACUUGUCUCUUCUUGUCUCGCACAUUUCAUGAGGAAGAAGGAAUUGAUGAGGUAAUUGUUCCACUGCCCACCUGGAAUGCUCAUACUGGGGAACCCUGGACAGACAACAUGGAGAAAUUCUCCAUUGAGACUGAACUAAUUUACAAGUAUUCUCCCUUUAAAUCAGAGCAGGAAAUAAUGGAACAGUUUAACAAGAUCUCUGGGGACAAAGGAACUCUGGUGAUAAUCUUCAACCUCAAACUGAUGGAUAAUGGUGAACCUGAGCUGGAUGUGACCUCAGAUCCCCGAGACAUCCAGAUGGCUGAAACACCACCUGAGGGAACGAAGCCAGAACGUCGUUCCUUCCGUGCUUAUGCUGCUGUGCUCUACAUUGAUCCCAGAAUGAGAAUAUUUAUCCAUGGACACAAAGUGCAAACUAAGCGUCUUUCCUGCUGCUUAUUCAAGCCUAGGAUGUACAAAUAUACUUCCAAGCGGUUCAAGACCAGAGCGGAGCAGGAAGUGAAGAAAACAGAGCAUCUGGCUCGGAUUGCUGAAGAAAAGGCUCGGGAAGCUGAGAGCAAAGCCCGUGCUUUGGAGCUACGCUUGGGAGGGGACCUCACUAGGGAAUCCAGGGUCAUGCUGCGCCAAGCCCAGGACGUGGCGAUAACCAUGCGUAGAGAGGCAGAUGUUAAGAAGAUGAUCAGGGAGGCAAAGCAGCGAGCCCUCAAGGAGCCAAAGGAGCUGAACUUCAUCUUUGGCGUGAACAUUGAGCAGCGGCAUUUGGAUGGGAUGUUUAUCUAUAACUGCAGCCGACUGAUUAAGAUGUAUGAGAAGGUGGGCCCGCAGCUGGAGGGUGGCAUGGCAUGCGGUGGUGUUGUUGGAGUAGUUGAUGUCCCCUACCUGGUUUUGGAGCCGACACAUAACAAGCAGGACUUUGCCGAUGCCAAGGAGUAUCGGCACUUACUAAAGGCAAUGGGAGAACAUUUGGCACAGUACUGGAAGGAUGUUGAGAUUGCUCAGAAAGGUAUAAGCAAGUUCUGGGAUGACUUUGGCUAUUUAUCUGCUAACUGGAACCAGCCUCCAUCAAAUGAAUUGCGUUACAAGCGGCGGAGAGCCAUGGAGAUCCCCACCACCAUUCAGUGCGACUUGUGUCUGAAAUGGCGGACCCUCCCCUUCCAGCUCAGCUCUGUGGAGCAGGAAAACCCAGACACCUGGGUUUGUGCCAUGAACCCCAGCCCUGAUCAGGACAGGUGUGAAACUCCUGAACUGAAGCAGAAGGUUCCCCUGUGUGUGCUGCGGAAAGAGAAGUCUCAGGAGGAAAAGCAGAAAGAGCUGUCAGAGAAAAUUCGCCAGCAGCAAGAGAAGCUGGAGGCGCUGCAGAAAACGACUCCAAUACGUUCCCAAGCUGACCUGCGGAAACUGCCCUUGGAAGUCACCACCCGUCCAGCACUAGAGAAUUCAGACCCGCUGAGCAGGCCACAGCGGCCACGCUCUCCCCCUCUGCCAGAUGUGCUUCGAAAUGCUCCCAGCAAGCCUCCUGCCCCACUGACCACUUCCAGGUCCACUGGCCAGCAAAAUAAGGGGCCCCCACCUCGGCCAGCCUUCAGCAGCUCUAAGCUACAGAGUUCGGUCUCCAGGGAAGAAGCCAGGCUUUCCAAGACGCAGGAUCACGUGGUGGUGACACCUGGGAGGUCCACAUCCACCUCUGUCAGGCCUGCCUCCAAGCCUGCAGCAAGUGGCAGGGUGCCCCCUGCGCCUCUUCAGAACUCCAAGAGCCACCACAGAGCCCCCAGCCCAAGACCUGCAAAGGGACAGCUGUCGCUGAAGAAAUCAGCUGUUGUGAAGCACCCCCAGGCUUCAGGUUCCCAGAAGAGAAGCAUUAGCUCAAUAGAGGAUGAAUUGGAAGAGGAAAUUGGGCCAAGAAAAGAGAAGAGGAAGCAUGGGCGACACGUGAUGGUGAAAGAAGAGAAGAAAGACGCCAACGAGGUGGAGGUGGAACUCACAGACAGCGGAGGGGAAGAAGAAUUGGCAGAACUGAAGAGGGCACAGAAAGAUAAAGGACUCCACGUGGAAGUCCGAGUGAACAAGGAGUGGUUCACGGGCCGAGUUACAGCUGUGGAGGUGGGCAAGAAAGGUGUCCGCUGGAAAGUGAAGUUUGACUAUGUCCCGACAGAUACCACCCCAAGAGAUCGCUGGGUCGAGAGAAGCAGCGAGGAUCUUCGACUCAUGAAGCCUCCCUCACCAGAACUGCAAACUCCAGACACUCGAAAGCAACAGAAGGAAGACCUUGUGCCCAAGCCCUCUACCUCGGAGUGCGUCCUGUCUGAGCCGGACACCACCGCUUCCAGCAACAGCCAUGAGACUGUAGACUUACUAGCUCAAUCUCUCCGGAAUUGCUUGCGGUACUUCUUGCCCCCAAAUUUCCCCAUCUCCAAGAAUGACCUGAGUGCCAUGAAUUCAGAAGAGUUGGCAGCUUUCCCUCUGAAAGAAUAUUUCGAGCAGUACGAGAAGGGGCUGAAAAACUUAUGCAACUCCUACCAGACUCAAGCUAACGCCCAGGCCAAAGCCUCUGAGGAGAAGCUUCACAUCCAAGAACAGAAGCUCAUGGAGACAAAAGAGAAACUCCAGAAGCUAAGGACUAACAUAGUAGCACUGCUCCAAAAAGUCCAAGAGGACAUUGAUUUCAAUACAGAUGAUGAACUGGAUGCAUACAUUGAGGACUUGAUCACGAGGGGAGACUGACCAGCCAAUCAGAUUCCAACACCCGUGUGAAGUCGGUUGCCCGGGAAAUCCCAGAGUGAUGUGUAGAGAAGUGUGGCCGAGGACAUUAGACACUGUAUUGUAUUAGUGUGCAUUGGAGUACGACUUGUUCUUAAGCCCUUUUUUUAAAAAAACAUAUGUAACAGAAGUG